CGGCGAUGACGUCUUAGGCAUCGCGACGGAUCGCUCCUCGGGGCUCUUUCUGCCUUCCCCUCUCCCGGGCCUGGAUGCGGCCGGGCCCGGCCCGACUUCGGUUCGCCUCCUCCCGGGCCGGGCUCCCCGCGAGACCCAGGGGCCCCAUGUGAGGAAGACGGAGGCGGGAAGAUGACCUCGAGGAGAUGGUUUCACCCCAACAUUACCGGAGUGGAAGCAGAGAACCUGCUCCUGACCAGAGGAGUUGAUGGCAGCUUUCUGGCUCGGCCCAGUAAAAGCAACCCGGGGGAUUUCACCCUUUCAGUCCGGCGCAAUGGGGCGGUCACUCACAUCAAGAUCCAGAACACGGGCGACUACUAUGACCUCUACGGGGGGGAGAAGUUUGCCACGUUGGCGGAGCUGGUCCAGUACUACAUGGAGCACCACGGACAGCUCAAGGAGAAAAACGGGGACGUGAUUGAGUUGAAGUACCCGCUCAACUGUGCGGAUCCCACUUCUGAAAGGUGGUUCCACGGUCACCUGUCUGGAAAGGAAGCGGAAAAGCUGCUGACGGAAAAAGGGAAGCACGGUAGCUUUUUAGUCCGCGAGAGCCAAAGCCAUCCGGGAGACUUUGUGCUUUCCGUCCGGACCGGGGAUGACAAAGGCGAGAGCAAUGAUGGGAAGUCCAAAGUCACACAUGUCAUGAUCCGUUGCCAGGAUAUGAAGUAUGACGUUGGAGGAGGGGAGAAGUUUGACUCCUUGACAGACCUCGUUGAGCAUUACAAGAAGAACCCAAUGGUGGAGACUCUGGGGACUGUUCUUCAGCUGAAGCAGCCUCUCAACACCACCCGCAUCAACGCAGCUGAGAUUGAGAGCCGGGUGCGAGAACUGAGCAAGUUGGCUGAAACUACCGACAAAGUGAAGCAAGGCUUUUGGGAAGAAUUUGAGACUCUUCAGCAGCAGGAGUGUAAGCUCCUCUACAGCCGGAAAGAAGGACAGCGGCAGGAGAAUAAGAACAAGAACAGAUACAAAAACAUUUUGCCUUUUGACCACACCCGGGUCGUCCUUCACGACGGCGAUCCAAAUGAGCCGGUUUCGGAUUACAUCAAUGCCAACAUCAUCAUGCCGGAAUUUGAAACCAAGUGUAACAACGCCAAGGCCAAGAAGAGCUACAUCGCCACCCAGGGCUGCCUGCAGAACACGGUCAACGACUUCUGGCGGAUGGUCUUCCAGGAGAAUUCCCGUGUGAUCGUCAUGACCACAAAGGAAGUGGAGAGGGGGAAGAGCAAAUGCGUGAAGUACUGGCCGGAUGAGCACGCCCUGAAGGAAUACGGCGUGAUGCGUGUCCGUAACGUUAAAGAGAGCACGGCUCACGACUACACACUACGAGAACUCAAGCUCUCCAAAGUUGGGCAGGGCAACACCGAGCGGACAGUGUGGCAGUAUCACUUCCGGGCUUGGCCUGACCACGGGGUGCCCAGCGAUCCCGGCGGCGUCCUGGAUUUUCUAGAGGAGGUGCACCACAAGCAGGAGAACAUCGCAGAGGCUGGUCCAGUCGUCGUCCAUUGCAGUGCCGGAAUCGGUCGGACUGGGACGUUCAUUGUGAUCGACAUUCUCAUCGAUGUCAUCCGUGAGAAAGGGGUGGACUGCGACAUUGAUGUCCCGAAGACCAUCCAGAUGGUGAGGUCACAGCGGUCAGGGAUGGUGCAGACCGAGGCCCAGUACCGGUUUAUUUACAUGGCCGUCCAGCACUACAUCGAGACAUUGCAGCGCCGGAUUGAGGAGGAACAGAAGAGCAAGCGGAAAGGACACGAGUACACCAACAUCAAAUACUCCUUAGCGGAUCAGGCCAGCGGAGACCAAAGUCCUCUCCCGCCGUGCACUCCCAGCCCGGCCUGUCCCGAAAUGAGGGAGGACAACGCCAUGCGAGUUUAUGAGAACGUCGGUCUGAUGCACCAGCAGAAAAGCUUCAGAUGAGACGGCGGCCGGGAGUUUCCGCGUGAGGAAGAAUUGAAAUGCCGCUCGCUCGCUCUCUGUGUGUCUCUCUCGUUUUUUAAAAAAAAAACAAAAACCAAGGAAGCGAAACAAGCUGGGGGUCCGUCCCUUGAAGACCGCUGCCUAGAGCCUUCAUUUUAUUUAUGAUGUUUUAAUCCUUCAAUAAUAAGCGGAACUUAAAAUCGCCUUUCGAAGAAACUCCUAAUUCAUUUUCUUUUUUUAAAAAAAAAAGUCUCGUUUUUACAACUGAUUUUUGUUCUUUUGUUGAUGCCAUUUUCCCUCUUGAACGUAUGACAAUUAUUUUUAUUUUUGCCUCCAAUGCAGACCAAUACUUCAUUGUACUUGAACGUUGUUGUUGGUUUCCCCCCCCCCCUUCUCCCCUUUCUUUCUGUCCUGGACUUAAGAGGCUUUUUUGUUUCUUUUUUUUUUGAACUGUUCCAAAUUUGUUUUUGUUUUUUCAAAGCUAUCUCUUUCCCUUAAAAUAUAUCAGAAAAGUAAGUUGUGGGACAGCUGAUACUUUGGGGAAGAAACCAGUUGUGUUAAUCAGGAGCGAUCCAACGCUGUUCCCAAGCCAACUAACUCUCUGGAAUGAGGUCUGGCUGUCCACAGAUUUGAUCAUGUUUCUAGUCCUCAUGAAAUUCCACGCUGGAGAGGGGGGUGGUGGUCUUUGGUUUUGUUUUGUUUUUUUCCUUUUCCUUGAAACGAUAAAUUCUAGAACUUCCAAUGAUGCGUUUUUGCACCAGAUUAAACCGGGUUUUUUUAGAGCCUGUUCCGUCGGCUGGCUCUUUGCUCUUGGGGAGGGGCGGGGGGGAAGAGGCCCUGGAGGGUGGGUGGGAUUUCACCCAGGAGGGAUAUCCUGAAACCCCCCUCCCUCCCUCCCCCCCCCCUGGAUGCUUAGUGACUUCUUCAAAUCCCCUCUCCGCGAAUCCCUUGUGAGCAAUCCUGGAUUCACCCAGGCCUCCGUCAUAUCAAGAAGAAGAGGAAGAUGAAGAAGGAUGAAGAAGAAUAUGACUUUUUUUUUGGAAGUGGAAGAGGGGCGGAUGUCUGAAUGGAGCUUCGGAAUGAGCCAUCCUGGCUGCUUUUCCAGUUUCCAAUGCAUCCUCUUCAAAGGACAAACACGGGGUGCCGCGUCCAGCGUUUGAAAGAGAGCCAGGAGAGGGAGAGGUGGGCUGGGGGGGCGGGAGAGGUUUAAGCUGCAUCUCCUUCAACCCUCAACUUUCUUUGAUGGGUUUUUUCUCCCGUCUGCUCCCCCCAAGUCAGAUCCAGCUGGUGUAGCGAUGCCCAGCGUAGGGCUCUUAUGCACCUCAAGCCAGUCAGCUUCUCCGUGGUGGGAUGGCAGGGUGGAGAUUUUGAGGUGGGAGAAGAAGUCGAAAGGUCUCUCUUGGCUGGCUGGGUUGGGACGCUGUUCAGAGAGCAGGAGGCAACAAUCUGUUGAGAGUUUCCGGGUGUUUGGGGAGGGGGUUUCCUGUUUCCUUGAGGUCUCUGCGCCUGGACAGUCUGAUAAGGGGGAUCCUGGCUUCAUUGUGGUUUAAGGCAGUCGUCCCCAACCUUGGCCACCUUUAAGACUCCUUGGACUUCCGACUCCCAGAAUUCUCCAUGCUGGCUGGGGGGAUUCUGGGAGUUGAAGUCCACAAGCCUUCAGAGGGGAGCCACAGAGGCCAUUUGUGUGUCUCUCUUGCUUCUGUUCUAACUUUCCCACAGAACUGGGGUUCCCCCCCCCAACUCUUUUGUUCCAGCCUCUGUAAUCUAAUCGUGGGAGGAUCAAGCCCCAAUUAUGGUGUGAGGGGGUACCUGUUGUUCUCUUGCCUCCUCUUUACUUCUGGUUCUUUUCUAAGACGUUGCUCCUCCUCUUCUGUGGCCUUUCCAAGUGGUCUCCUUUCCUUCCUUUUUAAUUUAUGAAUACCCUUGUGACUUAAAAAAAGAAAAGAAAAAGCAAGCAAACAAACGCAACGGCCUCCAUGAGAGGAGACCUGGGUAUUUUUCACCUGGCUAGAAAUAGCACUUCCCCUUCUACCCUUCCUCCUCCUUUCCAAGCAGCGUAUGAAGUAUUCUACCCAGAGUAUUACAUAAAAUGUAAACGUAAAUGGAGAUUAGGGAAGGGGUGGGGAGGGGGUGUUUCCCAGCUGAUGUGAGACCUGCUGGAAUUGGGGUCUUGGCAUAAGGAGUUGGUGGGGGUCUCCUGUGGACCCUUGUCGUAGCCCCCGACCGCUGCCUUUCGGCUGCCGAUCCCCUAGGCCAGGGGUGUCCAAACUUGGUCCCUUUAAGACUUUUGGACUUCAACUCCCAGAGUUCCUCAGCCAGCUUUGCUGGCUGAGGGACUCUGGGAGUUGAAGUCCAAAAGUCUUAAAGGGACCAAGUUUGGACACCCCUGCCCUAGGCUAUUCCAUGGUGGUCUGGCGUGUGGCGUUCUCCAGACAACCGACCGACCGAUCACGUCCAGAAAAAAAACAACAACCUCGAGGUGUCAGUUUGCGGACUCUAUUUAUGGGUGUGGAGUGUAGCUGCGUUGCUGGCUGUGCUGAAAUUUUUUUUUUUAAAAAAAAAUUGCGCCAAGGUUUCUCGGGAGUACAAAAAACAAAAACAAAAAAAAGCGCUGUUUGUAAAACACCAGAAUGAAUAAAUAAAUAAAUACGUUUUCUUA